UGACAUCAAUUUUAGCUGGUCAUGGAAGGUCAAUGAUGCUUGCAUCUUUAAGAACGCAGGACUGUUCAGAAAGAUACAAAUAGAGACUUUCUUGCCCAACUGGCAAAUUAGCUAUGGUGAUGUUGAAUUGCCAAUAGUGAUCCUGGAGGACCCAGCCUACCCUUUGUCCCCGGAUCGUGAAGCUGUAAACCAGCCACCUCAAUAGCACCAGGGAAGGAGUCGACUACCAGCUCAGGAGGUGGAGAAUGACAGUUGAAUGUGCUUUUGGUGGUUUGAAGGGACACUAAUGUUGUUUACUCACCAGAAUGGAUCUCAAUUAAAAAAAAAUCCCAAUGGUUAUAGCUUUCUGCUGUGUCCUGCAUAUUUGUGAAGCAAAGGGGAAAAAGUUGCCACCAGGGUGGAUGGUUGAGGUGGAGUGGCUCACUGCUGAGUUUGAACAGCCAGACACAAGGGAUAUUAGAAAAGCUCAGCUCAGAUCUAUAUGGCUCAGGGAGGCUUUGAAAGAGCUCUUUAGUGGCUGUUUGCAGUGUUCACCCUCCAGGCCCUGUGCUCACAGUCUGAUGCAGCACCGGCUUGCAGGAUUGCACUGAACAUGUCAUCCUGAGUCAUCCUCUUUUUUCUCCUUAUCUGACUCCCCUUCCUAUAGGUGUGGAAAGGGAACCCCUGAAGGCCACAACAGCAGCAGCUGCAGAAACUUCUCUUUUGGGGCAAGAGGCACUUGUUUAACACUAACUACAAUAAUUUAUCCAAGUUAAAAGGGACUGUUUGGGUACUAGCAGGACACCAGAACAUUCUUGGAAAAGUCUGAAUUUCAGAGUAGCGUCCCAACUGAUCCAGGUGUCUCUCAAAGGCCAGAAGAGCUCACAGGAUCUUGUCAAGGAAAAGAAAGAAAUAUUCCUGGCAUCGCCAACUCUAGAGCCGAGAUGGAAAAAAAAGCAGAUGACUUCACCAUAAGGAGGGAGAAAUGAUCUUCAGAUGGACAGAUAACAAAGGGCUGUUUGUGUUUAUGUAUAAUUAACUGGCUUGCACAGUGAAGCAGAAAAAAAUUGAAGUUUCCAUCCCUCCUGCUUGCAGAGAGAAAUAUGAAACCCUGAGCUGAGCACAGAAAUGAGAAGAGCACGGACAGGCUCAGAAAUGAGGAUCAAACUACUGCAGAACAGGGUCCUGUUGGGUAGGCAAAGUGUUUCCAGCACUUGUAUCCCUUGGGUUCAACCAUGAUUCACAGCCUCUUCCUGAUUAACUCCUCAGGGGAUAUUUUUCUGGAGAAGCACUGGAAAAGUGUUGUCAGCCGCUCUGUUUGUGACUACUUUUUUGAAGCACAGGAGAGGGCUACGGAGGCAGAAAACGUACCUCCUGUGAUCCCCACACCUCAUCACUACCUCCUGAAUGUUUAUCGUCAUAAGAUUUUUUUUGUGGCAGUGAUUCAGACAGAAGUGCCACCUCUCUUUGUCAUUGAAUUCUUACAUCGGGUUGUGGACACUUUCCAGGAUUAUUUUGGUGUCUGCUCGGAAGUUGUAAUCAAGGACAAUGUGGUGGUGGUUUAUGAGGUGCUGGAGGAGAUGCUGGACAAUGGAUUCCCAUUGGCUACUGAGUCCAAUAUCCUGAAGGAGCUGAUAAAACCCCCCACCAUAUUGCGAACUGUUGUCAACACCAUUACAGGAAGCACCAAUGUAGGUGACCAGCUCCCUACUGGACAACUAUCAGUGGUGCCAUGGCGACGGACCGGUGUGAAAUACACCAAUAAUGAGGCAUAUUUUGAUGUAAUUGAGGAGAUAGAUGCAAUAAUUGACAAAUCAGGUUCCACAAUUACAGCUGAAAUCCAAGGGGUGAUUGAUGCUUGUGUUAAAUUGACUGGAAUGCCAGACCUCACCCUCUCUUUCAUGAACCCCCGGUUACUGGAUGAUGUCAGCUUCCAUCCAUGUGUCCGUUUCAAGCGCUGGGAAUCAGAGCGGAUCCUCUCUUUCAUCCCACCAGAUGGAAAUUUCCGAUUGCUCUCCUAUCAUGUCAGCGCUCAGAACUUGGUGGCAAUUCCUGUCUAUGUUAAACAGAACAUCAGUUUCCGUGAUAGCAGCUCAUUGGGACGCUUUGAGAUCACUGUGGGACCCAAACAGACUAUGGGAAAGACUGUAGAGGGGGUGAUGGUCACCAGCCAGAUGCCAAAAGGGGUCUUGAACAUGAGCCUCACCCCCUCACAGGGAAUGCACACCUUUGAUCCAGUUACAAAGUUGCUCUCAUGGGAUGUAGGGAAAAUAAACCCCCAGAAGCUGCCGAAUCUGAAGGGGACUAUGAGCCUUCAAGCUGGCACAUCAAAACCCGAUGAGAAUCCCACCAUCAACCUUCAGUUUAAAAUUCAGCAGCUGGCUAUCUCUGGGCUGAAGGUGAAUCGCCUGGACAUGUAUGGGGAGAAGUACAAACCGUUCAAGGGCAUUAAAUAUAUGACCAAGGCUGGCAAGUUCCAAGUUCGAACUUAGAGAGCCCAAGAGUGAGGCAAGAACCACAAGCACUUUCUUAUUUCCUAUGUACCCAGUUGUUGGAUUCAGCCUCUGCCCGCUAUCAACCCCUUGGGGCUGCUCCCUUGCCUUUUUCUAGUUCCUCCAGGGAUGCCAGUAUCCAGCAGAUUGGGAAUGGCAUAUACAGGAAAGAGCAGGACUGACCUGAAACAAUCUCAACUUUAGCUGAGUCUCAAGUUCUCAGGUGGGGUCAAAGGAAAAUAGAAGAAAUGUUUGUCCCUUGGGGCUGUGGGUUCAGGUAUGUCAACUAAGUUCUUACCAACUUUAACCUGCUUGGCAAAGGACACUUUGGAGGCCUACUCCCCUUGUGAGCCCCCUACCAGGCAUUGCUAGGUUGGCUAGCAUUUCUAUGCAGAUCGAACAAGUUCAGUUAAAGAAGCUGGACUCAAAGUUUAAUGGUUUAGAAUUUGCUCCUCUCCCUAACUGGUGAUUCUUGUUAAAACUGGAAGGAGAGAGAGGAUUAGUCAUGUGAGAAGGAAUCAGUUGGAGAGGCGAAGGGAGAUGGAGGCAUCUCCUUUCCAGAAGUGGGAAGGAGGGAGCAGGAGCCUGUUCAGAAGGUGCACAAGGGGAAUGGGGGGAAGUUGAAAGAGUGAAUCUGGUUAUCUCUUGCUACACAGAGCUGUCUUGAUCAUUACAUAUCUUGAACCUCUGAGAAAAGACUGGAAAUUCCCAACUAAACCUAGCCUUAUGCCCUGCCAAGAGCUGACUGGAGCAGGGAUUACCUUGUGAUGUCUGAAGGAUGGGGCUAUCUGAACAUGCUUAUUGUCAUGAGACCCUGCUUCUGUUCUCUAUUCAGUAUUUAGGGGUGGGGGGUUUUCUCUUGGUUCCCUUGUUGGGGGUGGGGGGACAGUUGUGUAUAUAAUUAUUUAACAUCUGUAUGAAGUGAUGUCUGAUGACAAUCCUAACUGCUGCUGAAUGAAGAGGAUAGGCUCUGUCCUGGCAAAGUGUAGGGUGAGAGCGAUGCCUCUCUCCCUAUCUGUAAUAAUGGCUAUGGUGGUUCUGCUGCUCACUGACGUGUUUGUUUGAAGUCCUGUGUCCUGGUAUCUAUAUUAUAUUCCUGGCUGUACUACCUGAUUCCACUCCCUGCCUUGUUCUGCUGCUGUGCUGGUAGACUCUAGCCUCUGUUGUCAUUCCUCUGAGGCCAUCUGUCCUACGAGAGACUAUGCCGCAUUUGUUCCCAUUCCAGCCUGUGCUGCAUCUAGCUGCACAGAGUAAAGUAUACAUGGACAGUAUUUAUAUAGCUCCAGGUGCCCAUCAUGUGCUCUUUGGUCACUGAAAGCCGUUUGUGCUCUUACGGAGCAACAGAACUUACCUGUGGACUACUGUGUAUAUGACUACAUAACCCGGAAAGCUUCAUUGGCUGUGCAGUCGAGCGCAUGCAACCUGUAUGUGUGUGACCAAGAGGGUGACACCUGCUGUGGGAUAACCUACAUUCUGCUCUGAUCUGUGUGUGAUGGAUGUUUGUAAUGAGUGAGUGGUACCUCGUUUUCGAAUUACAGAUUGCUGUGCAACUAAUAUGAAUGAUACUGCAGGGUGACCUAGGAUCUGAGCAUGCUGAGUGCAAAUGUAACAGUUGUACCAGGGUCUCAAUAAAGGUCAAUUUUACCUGUU